AUGCCGGUGCAGACCAGCGCCCCAACACUCCCGGACUCGUUUCCCUCCUUCAUGUCAGUGUUUGGCGGGCGGACGCUCGAUUUCCCCGAGAAGGAGGAGCGAAGCGCAACCUCACUCAAAUCACUCCGUCUACCCACCAAUGUCACUAUCAAUACCUCAACGCGCCGUGCUUUUCCUUUCCAACACCGUGCCAGCAUUUCCUCCGUGACAUCAGGUUCCACCGACUCCUCACCCACGACUACCAUAUCAACCUUCGACUCGCCAUCUGUGGCGGAUACAUCUCCGAGUUCCUCCCCUGAAUCUCCAUCAUCCAUGCCAUUGGCAUUCAACAGCAAAUUCACCAUGCCCCCAGCGCGAAACUUUGAGAACCAGGCUUCUUCGACUAACAGCCUUUACCAGCCGCCGUCAGAUGGUGCCAGCCCUCCACGGCCUGAUUCCCCGGGCCGGCGGGCGCGAAACCUCAAGAAUCUCUCACUUAGAAUGCCUCCCCCUUCUCAGUCGCGCCCACCCAUCGCAACGGCAUCUAUGGUCGAAGGAAACUCGCAUCAUCUUUCCGCUCCCCCCUCUCCCGUGCAUGUGCCUCUGAAGGGCAUGCGCCGUAAACCUGCGAACUUGACCAUCCGCACGCCUGGGUUCGAUAGGUCAUUCUCGAACAACAUCGCCGAGCUUGUCCCACCAACCCCGCAUUCAUUGCGCCACACUGAAUCGUCGCCAUCUCUGACCUCUGUUUUCUCUCCGUCCUUCGGGCCAAAGGGCGGCAUGCAGCUACCUCGACCCAUGACCCAUCAUGGCGCCCGAAGACCUUCAGCCACUUCAGAGAGCAAUUUGCCACCCUUGCAGGCGGUGGAAGACGAGGAUUCUGCUUCAGGUGGCGUGUUGCCUGAACUGGAAGAGGAGGACGACCAUCUGGAUUCCAGAGAGUCAACACGGCGCAGCGAACGUGGAUACCCGAAUGGCCCCAUUCAAAUCUACGAUUCCGGCGUUUAUCUCUAUUUGGAACCAACCGCGCAAGAAGCGUCCCAGUUCGAUGUUGUUGUAAACGUGGCCAAGGAAGUCGCCAACCCGUUCACUAAAGCCAGCACCAACACUGAAACCGUGGUGAGCGCAUUGCGCAAUGGGUCAGUCAGUCCCAAGCGCCUAUCUAUCGCAGAACCCUGGACCGCUGCCUCGGAGACCUCAUUCAAGUCCGCCUUUGAAUAUCCUCCAAGCGAGGCGUCGACGCCGGUGACUCCUAAAAAUGGACCAUCUGGACCGGAAUAUGUACACGUCGGCUGGGAUCACAACUCGGAGAUCCUCGAGGACCUAUACCCUUUGUGCGAGUUGAUUGACUCCCGCAUUGCGGACGGAAAGAAAGUUCUCGUACAUUGCCAGCUGGGCGCCAGCCGAUCCGCUUCGUUGGUCAUUGCAUAUGGUCUUUUCAAAAACCGAGACUUGGACUUCAACUCGAUGUAUGAGAUUGUCAAGGAGCGCAGUCGCUGGGUUGGCCCAAACAUGAGCCUAAUCUACCAACUGACAGAUUUCCGCUCCCGCCUACUCCGCGGGGGUCUGUCUAAGGCCGCUCCAGAAGAGUGGUUCGGCGAAAGUGCACCAAAGGACGCUGAGCAGCGGCGCUCGCGGGCCGAUCAGCGAGGAUCGGUCGAGACCUGUAUACCUGGAAAUGCAAGCGUGUGCUCUGAUGCGGACCGCUGUUCGUCCAACGCCUUGUCGCAAGCGUCGCUGAGCUCUUUGUCGGUGCCUUCCACCAACCAGACGACUCCUGUCUCUAUUGAAAGCCUUGGGUUUACCACCAAGUCACUCUCACACAAACGAAGCAUAUCACCCCGGCCGUUGCCGUUACGUCAGAGCUUCCACACCGGAUUGGCUAGCGAUUCCCCGGCAGCUAAGCCUGCAUCACUGCCAUGGCACUCCGAGGCCGGACCGUACUCGUUGGCUAAGACCGACAUGUUUGUGCGGGAAGAGUCCGAGGAAUCCAACGCCCUCUUCUCACCGCGGACGACGGACUUCAUGGCCGCGCCUAUUUCGCGAUCUGUUUCCGAUGUCUUGGAGGAUGAUGGCCUCAACGGACUGCGGUUCCGGUCACGGAUAGCGGAUCCGCGGUCUCCGCCGCCUGGGAAUGAGCGGUUGAUUAUGAGAAAUAUUGAUGAAUUUCUGUGA